GCGCCGCUUGGAGCCCAGGGGCCGGCGGUCUGAGCUCCGUGAUCUCGGCCCUGGAUAGGCGGGCGGGGCGGGGUGCGCGCCGCGGGAGCGAGCCUGACCAUCCUCAGGGCCGCGGAGACUGUCGCUGGGCGCCGAGAUGCAGACACUGAGGUCUAGAGGGCUGGUGUGCAGCAGAGCCAGAUGAGUUCCUGGAAUUCCUUUAGUUAGUAGGGAGACCUGAGUUUGGAUGCUGGCAACCCAGGCAGAGGGAACAGGCCAGGUUCCCAAUAAGGCUGCACAGAGGAACCCCCUGACUGUGGCAAUGGAGGGGGGCCCAGCGGUCUGCUGCCAGGACCCUCGGGCAGAGUUGGUGGAGCGAGUGGCAGCCAUGGAUGUGGCCCACUUGGGGGAGACGGAUGGCAGCCCAGAGCCCACCAGGAACUGUGUGGACCCUCCAUCACGGGCCAGAGCUGCCUCCGUGAUCCCCGGUGGUACUUCAAGAUGCCCCGCCGCCCGGCCCAGCCUCUCGGCUAGGAAGUUCUCCCUGCAGGAGCAGCCAGCGGGGAGCUGCCUGGAGGCCCAGGCUGGACCUUACGCCACAGGGCCUGCCAGCCACAUCUCCCCACGGGCGUGGCGCAGGCCCACCAUCGAGUCCCACCACGUGGCCAUCUCGGACGCAGAGGACUGUGUGCAGCUGAACCAGUACAAGCUGCAGAGUGAGAUUGGCAAGGGUGCCUACGGCGUGGUGAGGCUGGCCUACAACGAAAGUGAAGACAGGCACUAUGCAAUGAAAGUUCUUUCCAAGAAGAAGUUACUGAAGCAGUAUGGCUUUCCACGUCGCCCUCCCCCUAGAGGGUCCCAGGCUGCCCAGGGAGGACCAGCCAAGCAGCUGCUGCCCCUGGAGCGGGUGUACCAGGAGAUUGCCAUCCUGAAGAAGCUGGACCACGUGAAUGUGGUCAAGCUGAUCGAGGUCCUGGAUGACCCAGCUGAGGACAAUCUCUAUUUGGUGUUUGACCUCCUGAGAAAGGGGCCGGUCAUGGAAGUGCCCUGCGACAAGCCCUUCCCCGAGGAGCAAGCUCGUCUCUACCUGAGGGACAUCAUCCUGGGUCUUGAGUACUUGCACUACCAGAAGAUCAUCCACAGGGACAUCAAGCCAUCCAACCUGCUCCUGGGGGACGACGGGCACGUGAAGAUCGCCGACUUCGGCGUCAGCAACCAGUUUGAGGGGAACGACGCUCGGCUGUCCAGCACGGCCGGGACCCCAGCGUUCAUGGCCCCCGAGGCCAUUUCUGAGUCCGGCCAGAGCUUCAGUGGGAAGGCCUUGGACGUAUGGGCCACAGGGGUCACGCUGUACUGCUUUGUCUAUGGGAAGUGCCCAUUCAUCGAUGAUUUCAUCCUGGCCCUGCAUCGCAAGAUCAAGAAUGAGCCCAUUGUGUUCCCGGAGGAGCCAAAGGUCAGCGAAGAGCUCAAGGACUUAAUCCUGAAGAUGCUAGACAAGAACCCUGAAACAAGAAUUGGGGUGCCAGACAUCAAGUUGCAUCCCUGGGUGACCAAGAAUGGGGAGGAGCCCCUUCCCUCGGAGGAGGAGCAUUGCACCGUGGUGGAGGUGACCGAGGAGGAGGUGAAGAACUCAGUCAAGCUCAUCCCCAGCUGGACCACGGUGAUCCUGGUUAAGUCCAUGCUGAGAAAGCGUUCCUUUGGGAACCCGUUUGAGCCCCAGGCGCGGAGGGAAGAGCGAUCCAUGUCUGCCCCGGGAAGCUUAUUGUCCCUGCGAAGGGAGCUGCGGGACAGAGGGGCUGUGCCAGCCAGCCCGCUCUGCGGAGGAGAUGUGCCCCCCUGGGAGGUGAGCAGCGGCCGCCGUCCAGGAAAGACGGGUGUGGUGAAGGAGGCAAAAGCCCGGAGCUCCCCGGCGUCCAAGAAGAUGAGGCUGCGUCCUGAGCUCCUGCAUGCGCCCAGGGCCGCCGGCAGCACGCUCAUCCUGCGCCUCCAAAGGCCCACUGCCCUCCUGCCAACAGCCGGCCCUGCGGGCAGGGGGCUGGGGACUGCGGCCCCUCUCCCGGCCCUCCUCCCCUGUCGUGCUGCAUGACCUCCGCAAAUGCUGAAGUAACCGAAAUCCAGUCUUCGAUCCAGCACCGGCCUCCCCAUCUGGUCCCAGAAGCUGCCCUCGUGUUCCAAUGAUGAAGGACCAACUGCCCAGGUUGGAGGCCUCGCUAGAGCAGGAACCCUGGUGGGGUGUGCACGCUGGCAGGUGGCCACGGAGAGGUGGGCCUUUUGUCGCUGACUCACCCCAGGACAGUUGUCAUCCCGCCUGCUCAGAGCUGGAGCCGACUUCUCUCUGGGAUCAGUGCCUGGCUGGCUGGCUUGGCCUUGACUGACCAAAUGCUGAAGAGACUGACCCCCAAAGGAAAAUAAAGCAGGACUCAAAUACCUGCCCUGAAAACAUGGGCCAGACGCAGGAUUUCAGUCACCCUCACGGGGUUCCUGUUGCGGGAGUACUCUGUUUGGAAGGGAAGGAGGUGCGGCUGGAGGAAGGCCGCGUCCCGUGUGUGUCUGUGCCUGUGGCUGUACAUCGCCUCUCCGUGCACGCACGCCCAUGCGUGCCCAUCUGCUGCACACGGCAUGUCUUGCACCGGCACGUGCAUCUGUAAUAUAGUGUCUAUGUUUAUUUAAGGCUCUGAGCAGAACGCAUCCAGUUGUCACUGGGUCCACAUUUCUCCCUGCUCCUCUGCACUAAGGCAUUGUAACCCAGGGCUUAAACAAUAAUGCGGUACUGUUCUUAAGAACACUUUUAUAGAGUUCAUGGGAGGCCAUUCACAGAUCAGCACGUUUUCCCUGAGCAUCUCUGCACUGGGGUCUUGGAGGGUAGGGGUUUCAGGAACACGCUCCCCCCUCGCAGAGCUCAAAGGUGGGCCCGGCUUCAUUGCCCGUGCUCACCCCAUCACUGAGCGUUUGGGUUGGCAUCAUUGUUUCUGAAUGUAGCACAAGGGACGGACAAACUCCAUAUGAGUGUUUUAAAAAUUAACUUCCUAGGAAGUGAGUUAAAAAUAAUAAAAGCCCUUUCUUGAGU